ACCGUAGUCCGUACCUAGUUUUCGGCUGAUGAAAAUGGCGGAUGUUUCUACAACUCUGCGUUCUGUGAUAAAACAUAGUGGAUUUUUCACAAUUUUUGAGUGAAAAUGUGAAUACCAUGAAUUAAAACUUGUCGUGAAGUGUGAGUUUUCGAUAUUACACAAUGUGGCGGACAGCGAUGAAUCGUUUCGGUGCGGGGAACUGGAUUUUCUUGGUCGCUUGUUUGAAUUUGUUUACCUUCACCCGAGGCGGCGGGGAGGUGCGGGCGCUGGCGCUGGCGGCGGAGCCGGCGGACGCGGUGGCGGCGGCGGGCGAGCGCGUCCUGCUGGCGUGCGCCGCGGCGGCGCCCGCGCGCCUGGCGUGGCGGUUCAGCGCUGCGGCCGCUCCCACGCGCGACCACGCUCUGCCCGCCACGGAUGCGGCGCGCCUGCAGCUGGCCAACGGAUCGCUGGUCAUAGACAGCAUGUCGGCGGCGCUGGCCGGUCACUAUCAGUGCGUCGCGACAGUCGACGGCGUCGGCACCCUUCUCUCUCGCGUCGCUACGCUCUUCCUAGCAGAGGUGCCGGAGGUGGCGGACGCGGCGGAGGGCGCGCGCGUGGUGGUGGGCGUGGAGGGCGCGGCGGCGCUGCUGCCGUGCCGCCUGCGCACGCCGCCGCGCCUGGCCGUGCGCGUGCUGCCGGCGCCGCACCGGGACACUCGCGUGUACGGCGCCGUGCGCCCGCCCUCGCCGCCGCCGCUGCUCCGCGUGAACGUGACGUGGCUGAAGAACGGGUCGCCGGUGGCGGUGGACGGUGGGCGCGUGGCGCUGCUGCCGUCGGGUGCGCUGGAGCUGGAGCCGGUACGCGCGCACGAUGCCGCCGCCUACCGCUGCCGCGUGACGCUGCCGGCGGACCCAGCGCGCGCGUCGCUCGGGCCCGAGCUCCACCUGCGCGUGGACGCGGCGCCGGCGCAGGAGACGCCGCCGCGCUUCGUGGCCACGCCGCAGCCGGUCACCGUGGUGGAGGGGGCCUCUGCCACCUUCGACUGUGCCGCCGUCGGCAACCCCAAGCCGGAGAUGGUGUGGCUCAACAACGGAGUCGCUAUCGACCUCAACGACCUGGACUCACGGUUCUACCUGGUGGGGUCGGGGUCUCUGCGCGUGCAGUCGGCGCGCGCGCUGGACGCCGGCGCCUACACCUGCCGCGCCACCAACCGCCUCGACUCCGCCGACCACUCCACGCACCUCGCCGUCAUGACGGCGCCGCGCGUGUACGUGCGCGACAGCGAGGUGCGCGCGCGCGCCCGUGGCGACGUGACGCUGCGGUGCGACGCGCGCGGGCGGCCGCAGCCGCACGUCGCGUGGCUGAAGGACGGCGAGCCGCUGACGCCGAACAGCCACGACAUCACGCUGGUGGACGGCGCAUCGCUGCGCAUUCAGGGCUUGCUGGACGUGGACGCGGGCGUGUUCCAGUGCACCGCCACCUCGCCCGCCGGCAACGCCGCCGCCGCGCUGCGCCUGCUCGUCGCGCCGCCCGCGCCCGCCGAGACAGUCGCUAGCGAUAGCGUAGAGCCAGGCGAGCCGGCCGAGGAAGGGUCGUGGCUGGGCGAGACGUCGUCGGCGUACACGGCCGCGCCGCGCGACGACUACGACGACACACUAACCGAUAACGACGACUAUUUCUUUCACGCUGCCGAAGACUGGGAGGGGCUACCGGAGAACGCGAGCGUGGUCGCGCCGCCGCGGAACUUUAGGGCGGUCAUCGUCAAACACAGGUUCGUGACGCUGAGCUGGGAGGAGCCGGCGCGCGGCGCGGAGGAGGUGACGGGCUACGUCGUGCUGUACCGGGUCAAGGGGAGCGAGCGGGAGCGGGUCGCGCGCGGCGGGCUGCGCCACGAACUGAACGUGGGCUCGCUGCAGCCCAACACCACUUACGAGCUCAGCGCGCGGACACUCUCGCGCUCCGCCGCCUCGCCGCCCACCGACACGGUGGAGGUGCACACGCCGGAGGAGGAGGCGGCGUGGGGCCCGCCGGCCGACGUACGCGUCGAGCCCGCCGGCCCUCACGAGCUGCGCGUCACGUGGUCGCCGCCCGCCUCCGCCCCCGCCCCUGCCGCCGCCGCCGCCCUACCUGCCGCACCGACGAAGUACGCCGUGUACUACACUGAGGUGGAGAGUAACAGGGAGCAAAGUAUAUUCGUGGAGCAAUCGCCCGCGACGAUCACCGGUCUCCGCGCCGCCGCGCAGUACGUCGUCCGAGUGGCGGCCGUCGGUGGCGUGCCGUCCGCCGAGCGCAACGCGCGUACGCAGGCCGACGCGCCCGCCGCGCCUCCCGGCAACGUCACCGCCACGCCCACCGGCGACACGUCGCUGCUGGUCCGGUGGGAGGCGCCACCGGCGAAGUCGCUGCGCGGGGCGCUGACCGGGUACAAGGUGCGGUACCGCGCCGCGCCGCCGUCCCGCCGCCGCGCCGGCUCGCUCACCACGCCGGCCGACGUGCGCCGCGCCGAGAUCCGCGACCUGGAGCCCGCCGCCACCUACCAGAUCCGCGUGUGCGCCAUCAACGCCAACGGCUCCGGCCCGUUCAGCGAGUGGGUGACAGCCGCGACGCAGGCCCGUCGUCGCGCCGAGGCCGCCGUGCCCGACGCGCCGCCGCCGCUCACUACGCGCGCAGGGCGCGACUGGAUCUCGGUGUGGUGGGGCGAGGGCGGGGGCGGGGCGCUGGUGCGGGGCUACGCGCUGGGCUGGGGGCUGGGCGUGCCGGACGAGCACGCGCGCGACCUGCCCGCGCACGCGCACUCCUACGUCAUCCGCGGCCUCGCCUCCAACGCCGAGUACGUUAUAUCGCUCCGGGCCAGCAACGCGCUGGGAUUGGGCCCGGCUGUGUACGCCACGGUGCGCACGCGCGCGCCGCCCGACCUGGCCGACCCCGACGACGACGGGCCCGACGAGCCCGACGACCCCGAGGACCCCGACGACGACCCCGACGACGACGACACGCCGCCGCUCAUCCCGCCCGUCGGCCUCAAGGUGAUAAUGCUGAGCGGGACCACGGCCGUGGUGUACUGGACGGACCCAACGCUGCCCAAGGGCCAGGCGGCGACGGACGGGCGACGCUACGUGGUGCGGUGGGCGGCCGCAGGAGGGCGGCCCCGUGUCUACAACGCCACCGACCUCAACUGCAUGCUCGACGACCUGCGCCCGCACACCACAUACGAGUUCGCCGUCAAACUCAUCAAAGGCGGGCGCGAGUCGGCGUGGUCGAUGCUGGCGUCCAACACGACGCUGGAGGCGGCACCGGCGUCGGCGCCGCGCGACCUGCGCGCCGCUCCCGCGCAGCCCGCCGCCCGCGCCGUUGACCUCACCUGGAUGCCGCCCGCCCGCCCCAACGGCGUCAUCACCGGCUACGUCCUCAUGUACGCCGUGCAGCGCGGCGGCGGCGCGGGCGGCGGGGGCGGGGCGGAGGAGUGGGUGGCGGUGGGCGUGGCCGGCGAGCGUGGCCGCGCGCGCCUCGACCGCCUGCGCCCGCGAACGACUUACGCCUUUAAAAUCCAGGCCCGAAACUCCAAGGGUCUCGGGCCGUUCAGCGCCCCGCUGCUCUAUACCACGGGACCGGGCGGCGAGGGCGGCGGGCUGGCGGGCGCGACGUCGGCGUGGCUGUGGGCGAGCGCGGGCGGCGCGUGCGCGGUGCUGGCGCUGGCCGCCGCGCUCGCGCUGUCGCUGUGCUGCCGCCGCCCGCGCGCCACGCUCGACCCCGACACCAGCACGUACCAGAAGGCGUCGGCGUCGGCGGGCAUCAAGCCGCCCGACCUGUGGAUACACCAUGACCAGAUGGAGCUCAAGCACAUGGACAAGAGCCUGCACAGCUCCGCCAUGUCGGCGGGCAGCGUGGAGGGCGGCGGGCUGGUGUCGUCGACGCUGACGCUGGCGCGCGCGCCGCCCGCCGAGUACGAGCCCGCGCGCCACGCCCCCCUCGCGCCGCACCUUGCUUCGCUCGACCGCCGCUACGUCCCCACCUACGUCGCGAUGACCGGCAUGGGGGUGGGCGUCGGCGUGGGCUGUACCGCGACGUGCGACCGCCGGCGGCACCUGCCCGAUCAGAGCACGCCGCUGCUGGGGGGCAUGGCGGGGGGUGGGGCGGGCUCGCCGCAGUCGUCGCUGGCGUCGCUGCACGCGCCGCCGCCCGCGCCCUGCGAGUACGGCCCUGCGUCGCGCGGCACGCUUGCGCGCCCGCACUCACCGCGCUCGUGUGUCGCAGGCGGCGCGGGGGCGUGUCCGCUGGGCGCGGCGUGCGCGGCGGCGGGCGGCGGCUCCGAGCUGUACGCCACGGCGUCGACGGCGCGCGAGCGCGGACAUUACGUCGCCUACGAGCCGCUCGGACAUUACACGCAUCGCGACUCGCUGAGCAGUGAGGCGGGGGGCGGUGGCGCGGGUGGGGCUGGUGCGGGGGGCGGGUCGCUGCAACGGCGCGGCGCGUGCGGCCCGCCCAUGCACAGCUUCGCGCUGCCCGACGACGACCACUCCACCCCCUCGCACUCGAAACCGAGCAGCGUGCGAGACACUUCGCCGUACAAGAAGAGCGCGUCGUCGUCGCCGGGGCGGCUGCUGGGCGGCGGCGGCGCGGCGGGCGGCGCGGCAGGCGAGCUGGAGCCGCUCACGCCGUCGCGCUCCACCGAGCGCCUGCACCGCGAGAUGCAGAAUCUCGAGGGCCUCAUGAAGGACCUGUCCGCCAUCACGCAGCAGCAGUUCCACUGCUAGCGCGCGCACGAGCGCCUAAUUAUACACAAACUAACGAAUUAUUUAUUUUGAUAUUUUAAUCGCUCGGCGAGAUCUCGAGCGCGGUGUAAGAUAUUUUGUGCCAUUAGUUUAUACGACGCGGAGGUUGCGACCGCCGACGCGCGCGGUCGCGGCCGGUGUAUACAUAUUAUGUAAGUACCGAGCUAACGUCGGGUGAGUCUCCGCGACGCGGCGGAGAGACCGUUGUAAAUAUUAUUCUAGGGACGUUCGCUCCUCCUAUUUAACGUAGCUACUAUAAUUAUUAACUUUAAUAUGGAACACGUUUUGAUAUCGUCCUUUACGUAUUUUGUACGAGGGCCGCGAGGCUACCCUUCUCGAAUUCAGUUUUCAAGUAAAUAAUUUUGUAUCGCGAGGAGAAGUGAACCAGGGGUGGGGUGCGCUCUCCGACCACGGCGGUGUGCCGGUCGGGGAGAGUCGGGGGGAGUCGGCGUCCCGGCGGCUGUAGCG